UCGGCUCUCCUAGGCCGGGGAUGAGGCCGCCGGCCGGGAGGGAGGGCGGCCGUCGGCGGCGACGGUGGGCGGCCGCGGGGGCCAUGGCGGAGAGCAACGCGGACUGGAUGGGCUCGCUGCCGGCGGCGCUGCGCUCCUACCCCCUCUCCAACCUGGCCAUCCCGGGGUCACAUGAUUCUUUCAGCUACUGGGUUGAUGAAAAAUCGCCUGUGGGACCAGACCAGGCCACAGCCAUCAAACGUUUGGCCAGAAUUUCUUUGGUUAAAAAGAUAAUGAAGAAAUGGUCAGUGACUCAAAAUCUGACUUUCAAAGAGCAGUUGGAAGGUGGCAUCCGCUACUUCGAUCUUCGUGUAUCUUCCAAACCUGGGGAAAUAGGACAUGAGAUUUACUUCAUACAUGGCUUGUUUGGCAUCAAAGUAUGGGAAGGGCUGAAAGAGAUCAACACCUUUCUUGAGCAGCACCCCAAGGAAGUAGUCUUCUUGGAUUUCAAUCACUUCUACGCUAUGAAUGACAGCCAUCACUUCUUCCUGAUCGACAGGAUCCGCUCGGCAUUUGGAUCCAAGCUUUGUUCCGUUGAAUGUGUAGAGUACGUGACGUUGCAGUACAUGUGGGAGAAGAAACACCAGGUUCUUAUAUUCUACCACUACCCUUUGUAUGAGGAAUACUCCUUCCUGUGGCCAGGGAAUAAAAUGCCAGCGCCAUGGGCUAAUACAACCAAUGUGCACAAACUCUUACAGUUCCUGGAGACCACUCUUGAGGAACGAAGUCGUUAUGGGACUUUUCAUGUUUCUCAAGCAAUUCUCACGCCUCAAGUGAAAACGAUUGCACGGCAUCUAAUUCGUGGUCUGAAGAACACACUUGUUCAUAGGAACCUGCCCAUGAUUUUAAAUUGGGUGAAAGCACAGAAACCAGGUGUUAUGGGCGUUAACAUUAUUACAUCAGACUUCGUGGAGCUGGUUGACUUUGCUGCUACAGUUAUCGCAUUAAACGACCUUCUUUUAGAAGAGGAUGAAUCUGCAACUAAAUCCUGAUUGCUGGGUCCCCCUUGUGCUCCUCAGUGGACAUCUUUGAACUAUGCUAAAUGUUUUAUUUAAGCAAAACCUACUGUAAUAUCUGUUUAUUUAAAAAAAGUUUUCUAGAGGAAACGUGGUUAAACAGCACAUACAGGCAGGUCCCUUCUCCCAGUGAUGUGUGGAUCUGAGGGGAACACAACGUGCUGUCUGUCCGUGGCUACGUGUUGGACUAAGUUAUGUGCACAUCUGCUGCAGUCCAGCAUGGUGUCUGCCUGCCAACAAGAGGCUGGCCUCUGAAGCAGAUGUACCCGAUUAUGCUGCGUGUCUCCCUGGUGACUGGCCUCACCAUCCCCUCCUGUGCCCAUCCUGCUUAUUUCUCACCACCAGGACUCAAACCAAGGAUCGCUGCUGAUCCCUUAGCAGCAGUGUGACCAGGGUGACCGAGAUGGUAUUGCUCUUGAGCCACCUCAGGUGUAGCUGGGCUCAGCUGGAGGCUGCUGCUGUAUUCAUUACUCUGUCUGAGACACUACUUCUGACUUACUUGAAGAAAGAACAUUGUCGUUGUUCAGGGGGAAGCUUUUACUCUGUGGUGAAUAUCCAAACUGUCCUUUGGGCCUGAGAGGUGACGUCUUGGCACCCUCUGCCUCUUUGGACUCCAAACUCUUCCUCUGGACCUCUUCGUUUUCCUUUAAUAUAUCUAUUGCAACUGUGUUUAACUGUGUCUCUUUUGGCAUUUAUUUGGAGACUAUUUCAGCCUUCAAAUUAUUGGGAUCAUAACUUACAAGUCUGAAUUCCUGUUGUGAGACUUUGAGAAAUCGCAGUGUAACCUUUCUCUUUUGCUUGCUGGUCAUUUGUUUUUUCCAUCCAUUGAGUUUUCCUUGGGGGAAAGUCUCUCAUGGAGACGGCCUUUCUCUGGAAGGAGGUGGGCUAAGUGGGAGUUUGCUUGGUAUUCAAGGAACUGGAACUGACAGGGACUGCUCAAAAUCCAAAUAUUGACUCUCUGAUUUGCAAUGUGUUGUGACUGUUGUCAGAGAGCCACAGUGAUGGGUGAGAAUUUUCCCCAGCCUGCACCCACUUGUGAUAAAGUAAGCAAUAAUCUCACAAACACAGGCAGGUGUCAGUGCUGCUGCUUUCUGUAGUCAUACUGUUUUGUGUUGAUUCACAGCAAAAAGUGACCAUGUGUGCUUGAGCUAAUGCAGUCACAUGUUAGUACUUACCAGCGCUUAACUGACUAGCUGAUAGCAGUCUUGCAGUCUGAUUUCUUUGGUUAAAAGAAAACAACAAUGAAACACAAAAGUUGACUAAUUAGCAGGUACUUCUCUGCUCAGUCAUCUUUCUAUAAAGCAACUUGGUGCAGUAAUUGCUUGGUGAUUAUGAAUUUGUAUUAAUCUCUAAAGAUGACCCAUUCUAUUGUAAAUAGCUUAUAGCUAUUUUAUUCAAAAGAAAAGUGAAUUUUCAGAUUUAUUAUUUAUUGUUAUUUUAUGCUGUGUCUGCUAUCACCAUCUGACAGCCCAGAAAAACCCAAAACCUCUUUGCUUGUCACAAACUGUGAACUCAGGACAAGUUUAUCUACAGAUUUGUAAACCUUGCCUGUGAACCUUGGCCAAGUUCUGAGCAGACUGUAACCUGAUUUAUCUGUUUGUUGCAUGGUUUUCAUUAGAGUUCCUCAAAUUUUUUUAACCAAAUCCUUUUUCUAAGGGAGUUGGGGGGUGUCUGUCUUUUAAGCUGUCUUUCUCCUUCCCUCUUGUGUUUUGGUCAUGGGGGGCAAGUCAUGAAAAUCAGUUUUUUGGGAACUAAAGUUCAAAUUUCUAGUUUAAAACUUCCUUUGAAAACCCCAGCAGAAGGUUUUUAUUAUUUUGGGUUUUUUUCUUGUUGAUGAAACUGUUGGAACCCGUUGUGAACAACAGUAUUUUGUUGGAAAAGUUACUUAAUAUACCUAGGUUUUCCUUAGCUGAAUUUUGUGUUAACCUACUUCUCUUGUGGCCCCAACUGAAACUUCACAAUAGUGUUAAUUUUAUGGGUUUGGUUUCAGUGGUCUUUUAGCUGCAAAUUGUCUUAGAGGUCAGAAAAACUUGUUUUGAAUGCUGAUGAGGCUGAAAUAGUGUUUGCAAGGUUUCCUGCAGAACUGGAGGACAAGGUGAGAAGGUGCAGCAAGUAUGAUGUUUGUGUUAGACCCUUAAUAUAUUGUACUGUAUAUAUCUACCUCAAAAGAGAUUUAUCAGGCUUAACCAAUAUUUAUAUUGUGUGUGCACAGCAACGACUGUGGUAUUAGUCCUUCGUUGUAUUUAUUUGAAUAGAGAUGUGAUGGUUGUAACUCAGGGCUUUGGUUAGAUAUUUUUAACUACAAACUCAGAAGUUUCUCUUAACACGUUGGCUGUUAGCUCUUGCCUCUUGAAAUAGGAUAACGGCAUGCUAGGUGUUAAGAGUGUUAGCAGAGGGAAAAUAAAUGGAAAAUAGCUUUAGGAUUAAUGAAGUGAGGAGGGAAAAAAAACGCAUUUCUGUAAGUUUGGCCUGUCUAAAGACUUGCGUGUCAUUUCAGAGCAGUGCUUGAUGUUAUGCCUCUAUGUGAGGAACCUGAAGGUCUCACUACUGAGUUGGGUAAUUGGCAGAUACAGUUGUCUGCAACAGGGUAUCUCCUGUGGAUUACUCUGGGCAAAAUUAAUGCUGGUGUAUAGAAUUAGUUUUAGGGUAGUCCUAAACAAUCUUAAGCAAUAUGAACUACCUUCCUUGUGCUACGCAUUAUAGCCCAUGACAAAACUACCUGUACAGUAGGCUUAUCUGUCUGACACAGCACCACAACAUACCCAGAUUUCCUCUCACUCUGCAAAACGGAACUCACCUAGACUUUAUUUUCUGGCAUUAUAAAAAUAAAAAGGUGAGCUGGGCAGGAAGGGAGGAUCAAGGAAGUAGGUUGGAAAUUUGCAUGCAGUGCCCAUAUUGAAGGUGUGGUAGUGUUUAGCCAGGUUUCAGGAGCAGGUCUGGGAGGUGAGUGGCAGUGGCUGCAGCCCCUGCUGAGAAACUGGUCUGAGAGUCUGGCCUCUGAGUGGGCUGCAGCUGAGUACAGAGCAACUAACAGCCUGCCAAGUCAUGUAUGUGUGAGCUUGAGGAAAAUAGAUUGGCAUGAAUGCAGGAGAAGGCGGGGGGGUUCCUUGCAGGUCUGCAUCAACACCAUCUGUUGAAUACAGUGGUUGUCCUGCUUGUAUCUUCCCAAAGCAGUAGGGUUCACUUCCAAACAGGUGAGAUGGAAAACUCUCCCAGAAGAAUUGUUCUCAGGACUUACCUGCUCUGUAGGUGCUAGAAGAAAAGCCAGGAAACUAGUAGCUGCUUGAGGCAAAAUACUUACUUGAAUUGCAUGUUCUUGAAUAAUUACUUGCGUGGUUUGUUAUUAUAAAUUCAGGUUACUUAUACACUGUUCUCUGACUUGUUUCUCUUCCUAAUGUGCAGUCACUGAAUGCCAGGCACACCGGUGGUAUGCCUGUUCUGCUGGCACUGGUCCUUGCCAUGUGCAAUUCAAGGGCAUACCUGAGGCAUAGGAGACCUCUGUAUGUAUCCCUGAUGGGAAGCAGCAGGGAGAAUGUUGCUAGGAAGCAUAUAUAAGGUUUUUAGUGUCUUAUUGUUUGCUUGUAUGUGAAAACAAAGGAGUUAUUAGGAGUUAUUCAGACUAUCAAUCUCUCCACUCCUUAUUUGGGAACUGCUGUCUUGAUAUAUGUAUAACUGCAGAGGUGGGAGUCAUAAUGCUGGUUGUUAUGAACAAAAGACAGAUUCCUUCUGUCCCACUUGAUCUCAAGAACUGAAGGAUUACCAACUUGCAUGUGUUUGCUGUGCUGGAGGGGAUCCCACUGGAGGCAGCUCUGGCAAGGCAAGUUUCAGGGGUGCUGUGGUCAGUGAGAGAGGUGAGACUAGGAGUCUCUACAGCAGAAAUGCUGACUGCAAAAAGGGCCCUUUUCUGCUAAAUAAAUUCUCUGGGGAAGAAAGGAGCAACUCGGGGAAAUAGUAUCUUUGCUCCUGACACAUGCUGUUUUCUGCUGCGUUGGUACUGAGUUAGUAGGUUGCUGUUUAGAAAGCACCUGUGCUGUAAAGCUGAAGGAGCACUUUUGAGCAGGGAUUUUUGGCUCAAACAAGUAGAGCAUCUGCCAAGAUGCUUAUCUGUUGUUUUCAUCUGGCUAAGCCUUUGGAACUACUUAUUUUGUGUAUUUUCCUCAGGUGUCAGAGUUCAUUGUUUUUUCUAUUAUCUAACAGACCAGGGUUUAGGACUUUUAGGGAUAAAUAGUGGACAUAACCAUUUUGAUUUAGAACUGGAUUACCCAUGGAAGACUGACAGAACAUGUGACUUAAGGUUUACUUGAAUAUAUGAUAUUUAAUAAAGAGUCCAGAUGCACUUUUAAUAAGACUUUCAUCUAGUCUUAAGCAUGUUGUUACCAAAUAUCAUAAGUAAUGUCAUUGGUCAGAGGACCACUGUCUGGGACAAAAAUGAGGCAAAUUUUCAGUGUUUUGUUGAGCACAGAGAGAUUGUCUAACGUGAAGAACAGAACUAAUCCAAAACUUCAUUCAAAAUUCAUACCAGGUCAAGGUGUAGUGCUUUCGACAGUGGAAAAGUUUUGGUGUGGUUGUUUUUUUUUUUUUGCUUUCCUGGAUGUCUGAUAAAUUCUUAUUACAACUUUGUUUUUUGACUCAACAGAUGGGUAGAAGAGCCAGAGCAUAUGUGAAGAGCAAAUUUUAUGCUAAGGACAUGUAUGUUGGGCUUAGUCAUACCUUCCAAUGAUAAUCCUGUUAGCUGUUUGGUUUCGGUUGUUAAUUCAGUCUCUAUUUCAUAAUAAAAAAAUCAGUCCCACUGGUUCAAUAUAUCUGUCUUGUUGAAGAAGCCUGUGUACUUCUAUCAGCAUAUUUAUUUCUCUACAAGUCUUACCAAGUAAACAAGCUUUAGCUUUUAAGUAUAGGGACUGGAAUAGGAAUGUCAGCUUUAGAGCUGUUUGCUGAAUCUAAUUAUAUUUUAUAUAACUGAAUAUUUAUGUAUUUUGUGGUGUUUAUUGAAACAGUACUUCUCUUACCCUUUGUUAGACCUGUGAUAACUUCCUCUGUAUCUCACUUAAAUUGAACUGCAAUGUGUUCUGAAUUGUAAAACAGUAUUGAUCAGUACAUUCUAUAUAAAAAUAGUUUUCAUGGUUCUUUGAUUUUGCUAAAUGUCAAAUUUAUUUUGGAGUUGGAUUUUUUUAUUUGUACUAUUUAUACUUUCUUUGGAAGUGGGCAGAGGGAACCAGGUGAAGAGUUACCUUUUCCCAAUUUGUAUUUUGUGCAGCUGCUCUUCUUUCUCUUGGCAGCUUGUGCUUUACCCACACUGUCCAAUUCAGUUUUGUAAAACCAGGAUGCCUCAUUUGAACUGCAGAUAAACUUGGGGUUAACAUCUGUUUCUUUGUUUUACUCUGCAUCUAUAUCACUGGGGUUUUUAAUCCUGAGAAUAAAAGUACAACUUGAGCUAAUCA